UCUGGUAUCAUUGUCGGUUAGGGUCGUCAGUUUCUUAUUCAGGAGUUUAGUAAGCAUUUCAACAUACCACUUUCCAGUGUCACCCCUCGACAAACGCCAGGAAUUGUAGGGUUAUUUUUGCCUUGCAUUGUGUUCUACAAUAUGGAGCGAAUAAUGGUAAAGAAAUGUGAAAUAAAACACAUUCAUUGAACUCUGAAUAAUUGUGGAAGGAACGUUUUAAUUGUUUCAAUGCAUUCAUGAACACUGUUGUUUUAACGUAGAAAUAAAGGAAUUUGUUGGAAUGUUACUUUCUGGUCUACCAGUGGUCAACCAGUGAAUCUACGCAGGUGUCUUUGGGUAGUACAGUCGGGUGGAACCGAACGAAGGAGGUAGAAGAAGAACAUAUUGACGUUAUGAUCACAUGACUACAUAAGUAUGGGGGGCGAGAACCGAAGAAGCAAAAUGGCUGAUGACGAUCCGUGGAAAUUGUGUGAAGACGGUUGUUUAAAUGUAGAUACUGAUUCGAAGAGUAUUAUUUAUCACCCUAAUUUAAAUAUUAUACUGGUUUCAACAAAAACGUCAGAAGUUCAUGUAGUCGACGUGAAUUCAGGCGUGAUUUUACAGAAGAGUUCUUUAUCAGGAAAAGGAGAAGGUAUUCUCCAUGGCCUGUACCUACCUUGUCAUGAUAAGAUACUUUUCACCGAUGGGAAAGGAAUUGGUGUCCGAAGAGAUUAUAAUGGUGUUCUAUUGUUGGAUACCAUCCUGCAGACACCUGUCACCAAGCCAGAUGAUGUUGUGAAGUUGGAGUUGUUGCUGUCAGAGGCAAUCUUACUGCAACACAGUCUGAGGUGUGUUGAACUACCAGGGGUUGAUCAUACAGCAGAAGUUCUGCAGGAGCUUGGGAACAAAAUCAAGGAAGGACAGGGAAAGCCAAAGAAAGGGACCAAAGCCCAGAAGUGGAAUUCAAUAUGUCUGGAGCUCCCUCACUGUGCUCUGAAACUUGUAUGUGCUGGGAUGGUUCAGGAGUUGAAGCGUCAGAACCGUCAUAUACCAGCAUUAUCAAUAGCAUCAGCCAUAAAUGAGCGACUGAAUUGCCUGCUGCCAACAUUUUCCAGCGAGGGAGUACCAGCUGAUAGAGCUCUCAUGUUCAGUGAAGCAGCUCGCAGGGACACCUUCAUCAAGUGGCCACAUAUGAACUACAAGUGGGCUUUACCAGACCAAAUGGCACAAGCAGGGUUUUACCACCAGCCCAAUUCUACAGGGGAUGACCGUGCUAUGUGUUUCACAUGCAAUGUUUGCCUUGUUUGCUGGGAGCCAACAGAUGAACCGUGGUCUGAACAUGAGCGCCACUCUCCAUCUUGUCCUUUUGUGAAGGGCGAGUACACUCAGAAUGUUCCUCUCUCAGUGACAUAUGCAGCAUCCCCUGCCAUAUCAUUUGGGGAUCAGGGUGAAGAAGUAGCUUGCAUCGGAACUUCAUCAGUUCCUGAACUAGUUGCUACAGCUACGCAGCAUGGUCUUGUGGCAAUAUGGAAUAUCUCUAGGCAGUUGAAGAAGGAAGUAUGUUUUUAUAUUACACCGUCUGACCCUGCAAUAACGAGGUCACAACCUCAGGACAGCAUCGGUUAUAGUGAUAUCAGACAGCGGGAAGCAUGGCCUGAAAAGAGUGAUGAUGCUUUUGGUUCAGAAGUUCCUUCCUCCGAUAUUGUGGAGAUACCUCUAUCUGAUAUUGCAGUUGAAAAUUUAUUGGGACCUCCGCUAGGCUGUCAAGACAUGGAAUUAACAGCAGUGUCUAUAAUGGGCAGUCCUCACCAACAGAAGAGUCAGCGGCAUCUGAGAAAGAAAAUUACAAAACCAAUUCAAAGUGGCAGUAAUGUAGCAAUUCGGCCUUGCCUGGUUGGGGGUAUUAGUGUUAGUCCUUCUGCAGUAUCCAGUCAAAGAACUAACUUAGACCUUGUGUGGGGAGGAAGUAGCGAUGUCAUUAACUCUCCAAUGGUACGAGCCUUGAAUGACGUGAAUGAAGCUAGUAACCGUGAAUCUGCUGCAUUGGAUAUCAUGAAAGUCCGUGAGGGUGAAUCUAGUUGUAACAGUGAUCACAGGUCAUCCAACAAUGCUGUGACAGUGGACCGAAAGAAAUCAUUAUUUCUUGUUGUGUAUGAUUUCCAUUAUCAUAACCACAUAAGAGAUGAGUGUGGAGAAAGUAAAGAUGAUGGUAAUGGGGGAAAGAAUAAUCCAGGUCUUGCCGGAAACAGUGCAAAGAAAGUUGGGUCUGGCACAGGAACGAGUGCUUCUUGCUCUGGAACAAGACAGGAGAAUAACAACAUGUACCCGGAAAUAUUCCUUUCAAAAUUUCUCUAUGAUGUACCAGUUAUUGAGGAUAUGGACACAGAUAUUGUUAUGGCUCCACCUGAGUGUUUAGUAGAUGGGUUAGAAUUCCCUGCAGCCUCAUCUUCUGGAGGUAUCUAUCCACCACCAGUCGCAGUUGCAGCUCCAUCAGGUGGAGGAGUAACAUACGAUUCUUCAUCAGUCAAUGUGACAUUUUCUGCCAUAAAUGGGGGCAUCAAUAUGUCCAGUUUUCCCUCCACCUCGGAUAGUAGCCCGCCAGUGAUGAUAAAAGUUAAUCGUGAGUCCAAGAAAGAUAGCUGUGUUGGUAGUAAUAAGACCAGUGUGGAUAGUAUCACUAGUUGCCAGCUUACAAAACAACAUGAUCCAGUUGUAGUGCAGUGUAUUGCGUUACCUGAUGUGUACAAAGAGAUGAGAAAUCUGUCCAUUUUGGGAAUCUAUCCUACUAAGGAUGGUGGUCACCUGCUUGUAGUGCUAGGUUCUGCAGACUGUGAUAGUAACGAUAGUUAUAAUUCAGUUUCUGGUUAUCAUAGUAUAAUGUCUGUGCCACUAAAUUCAAAGCACGAAGGAAACAUGAUGUUCGAGUGCAGUGAUAAUGACAGUGAUAUGGAUAUUGACGUGGAUGACGUAGCAGGAAACAUGGGACUUGCAACUAACGUGAAAACCACGUCUGUGUCAGAGGGCAAACCUGUUGAACAGCAUCCUAGACAAAACUUUGGUUUCUUUCAUGAUGGUGAUAUAUUUCAGGAAGGUUUAAAAAUGCUAGACAAUAGUGACUGCAAAAGGACAGACGCAUUGUGUAAAGGGAGCGUGCUACUAGUGUACGCCCUCAACUUUGAAGGUGACGUAGUGAAACUGGAUGAGACGCCUGUGAAGGUGAGGAACUUCGGUAUAUAUGGGGAGUGUCCUGUGGAAGUGACUCUUCUCCCUCUGCUAGAGAAGGAAGAUAACGGCGAUUCUUGCAGUAAUCUUCUGACCCUUGUAAAAGGAUGUCCACAAGGAAUGGCAGUAUUGGUUUGCAGAGAUGGUAUUUUGAGGAUUAUUGACUUGUCAACUUUGAAAACAGUAUCCCAGGCUGUGCCAGAGAAGAAAGGCACUAAAUUUGUGUCUGCUACAUAUUGUAAUAGCUUGGAGAGGCUUUGUGCCUGUACAGACAAAGGUUCAUUACAUUUCUUUAUGCUUAAUGAUGACAGCAGUGUGGAGGAGAGAGAGGAAGAUUGCCUCAGCCAUGUGAAUGACUUCUGUAUGUCAGUAUCUUCACAUAAUCUCAAUUACCAACAGAACAGUAGUGUUGGAUCACCACUGCCAACUAGUAAUAAUGAAGUUCCUGAUACUAUUCAUGAACCCUUUAACACUGUAGGUGCAUCCAGAAGUACUCUCUUGCCCAAUGGCAAUGCAAAUUCAAGUAGUGAUCAGUUGUUGGUUAACAAGCCAGCAUUAGGUAUGCCAGAACUGCAUUUGCUUCAUGAACUGACAAAAUAUGAGAACUUAUCCCCAUGCUACGCUGCUACUGUUCCACCAUGUUGGAGUGAGAUGAUGCAGGCUCAGAAGCAGCGACGUCAUCCACAACAUUUGCAACAGGGGGAUGAUCUUCAGCACACUAGAAGCUGGAGAUUGCAGAAUGAUGCCACAACAUGGGAUGAGCAUGUAUUUGAGAUCACUCUCCCUCGGAGCUGCUGCAUUGGUCAUGUGGAUCUGAAAUUCUCACUGCAUGCUCCUUGCCCCUCACCACCUCACAUCCAGGUCACACUGCUCAAGCAAAAUGCCAAUGGCAUUGGUAGGAAGGAGAAGAUGUUCACGCCACCUGUUGAUGAGCCAAUAGAUUUCAAUAUUAAUAUGCAAUUUGAUGGAAACACAAAAGGCCCUGUGGAAAAUCCUGUAACUUCUGAAGAGUAUCUGCGUGACCAUAAUACUGAAAUUUUGUGUGGGCCAGUGAAUCUUGCUUCCUGUCUUGACUUAUCGGAUCAAAGUGGUACUGUUACUCUCACAAGUCCUAAACUGUUUCGAAUACGAGGGCGAACACUUUUAGUGCACAUAAAAGCUCUUGGUGAAGAUAAAGAAGCAGUUAAAGAAAUGACAAGUAAAAUUCGAAUUGGCGAUGAGAAAGUAUCUGCUUCAAAAAAGAGCAAACUAGACAGUGGAAAAGGAAAAUCAGUAGACCCAGUGUUGGACUAUUACCUGCACGUGCCAGGCAAUACAGUGGAUCGUCUUGCUAGUGCAGCUGCCAGUAAGAAGAUGGAAUAUUACUUGGGCUGUGAUUGGUUACAUGAAAUAUCCAUCAGUAUUAGGAGAACUAAGCAAACUAACAUUCCAAAUGAAAGGAACCAGCGCUGUGCUAUGUUGGAGUCAAAUUCAUUUGUUGAGAAGCUUGUGAAAGUAGUUUGUCUUGAGGGACCUGACAAGACUGUUGUAGCUCAAAGUAUUGCUUUAGAUAUUUUAAUUUGGGUGACGUCAAUAAGGCUCAGUAGGCAUAGAACAGCCAAAGGAGAUGCAAAAACACAACAGUUGGAACUAGCUAGAAUUGUUGAAAAUAAUCUAAUCUCACUUAUUAAACAUUGCAUACUACUGUCAGGAAGAAGUAUUGCUCACAAGUGUGUGAAGCUUAUCAUCAUCUGCAGUGAGGGAAUGAAGAAUGUUUUAGAUUCAAUAACAGUUCAGUUUGAUGGCUGUGUUCUUCGAGCAUUGCUGGAGUGGUUACCCAUGAUAUCUUCUUGUAUAUCAGCUGGAGCACUGCAGUGGUAUUUCCUGCUCCUCAGUCGUGUGAUGUCACUGGAUGUUUCAGCCACUACAGGACAGAAAUGUGUUACACUUUUGCAGCAAAUAGCACAAGAAAUGAGUGCAAGAUCCAGCCCCUACCACUUACUCUUAAGGACAAGAUUUGGUUUGUAUAAUACUCCUUUUGAACCAGAACUGUUUGACAUUGAACCACCAGUACCUGCGAAGUUUUCCUCAGUUCCCAUAACUUACGCAACGGUUGUUAGCGGGGAAACAGGUGGAGGUGCCAUGGUAACAAGCUCAGGAGCUACUGCUGGAUCUGCGGGUUUCGGUUUAACUUCUGAUCUGGACCUGAGGGAGCUGCUGGGAGUUGGAGGUGGAUGUUCCAAUCUUGGGGAUAAAGCAGCAGCAAUGAGAUUUAAAGGCCUUACUUCAAAUCAUUACAUGAAGGGGUUAUUGGAAACAGAACCUUUGCACUUCACUUGUCAUGCAGCCAGUGAUGGGACCAAAAUGGAAAAGAUAGAACCAGGAUCAUCAUCCGGUGCAAGUGGCUCUGUUCCUGUCGGGAGUUUCUUUGACCCAACAAACUUCAUUACUACAAAUUCUGGUUCUAAGAAGGCAGAUACUGAAUUUAUCUCAUUUUAUGAAGAUGUGAAGAAGGAAGAUUACUUUCAAAUCAUGUCCAAUUCAGGCGUGAAGCUAAAGCGCCAGUCCUCGUACACAUUUGAUAAUAAGAAUAAAUCUAAGGCCAAGGCACCGAUAGUGGUUAAUAUGUACAGUCAAGGUGGUGGAGGUGUAGGAGAUGCAGAAACUAGUUCAAGUUCAUCAUCACAACAGUCUACUGUCUCAGGUCCACCUCCCACCAGAUUCACAAGUUCAGGUAUUGGUUUGGCCAAGGAACAUUCAUCAUGUGAAAUAGACAACAGAAAACAACAGGAAGUCAGGAAGGGUGAUGAAGUGGGCUCUCUGCUAUUACCAUGGCAGCAACUGUUGAUGAUGCCUCCUCAGCACAUGCUUGUCAUUGAGAGGAUGCACUCGGGUGCAAGGAGGUUUGUUGUCCUUGAUUUCGGGAGCCCAAUUUUGCUAACUGAUCUCAUGAUACCCUCGUGUUCUGACCUUGUGUCUCUGUCCAUCGAUAUCUGGUGUCAAGGUGAAGAAACAGAUGGUCAGAGGCUAGUUGUAGCGUCUGACAUUGGAACGAAGUCCCUGGUUAUGAGUGAUCUGCAACCACCACCAAUAUGCAGAUACCUCAAGAUCACGACCAUCGGAAGAUACGGAAUGAGUACUACAAGAUGUAAGAUUCCAAUAGGUUCUUUCUAUGGACACAUAGUUAUUCUACCUGGCGAAUGUUAUCCGGAGACAAGUGAAGUUCAAGGCUUCUCAGAAAACAAUAUCCAAGCUCAAUUGUCUGUGCUGUCAGCAUUGUUUGAAGACAUUCACUGUCGCUAUAGUUUAGCUUGUGCCAAACUCCAAGAGUUCCUUACUCCUUUGCUGACUUCAGAAAUUCCUAAUGUAGUUCACAUGCACCAUUAUCUUCAGAGAGGAAGAGACAUAGAGAAGUACUUUCCUAGCCCUGAGGGACAAAAAAUUUUGACAGCAUAUCAGGAAUGUGUGACAUUUCAGCAUCAGUUAAAUUUAGUUCGUAAUGUCAUGCGACGACUUGAGUCUGCACAAGGCAAAGUGCAUUCUCUUCCGGACAUAAAAGGCACUCCGAGAAUGCUGUCUGAAGCUUGUACAGACAAGUUACGAGUUCUUGGAGAAGGCCUUCUUGAUCUGUUGUUGUAUUUGGUCUAUGAGAUUGGACCAGUGCCCAGGUUACCAUUGGCAUUGUAUGAGUCAUUUGAUCAAGGUAUGUGUGAACAUUUGUUCCAUUGCCUUUGUGUGAAAGAAGACACUCGAAUGCAGUUGUCAGCAUGCACGUUACUUGUGAGGAUGUGUGGACUUCAGCCGUGGUGGGGCGAUUUCUUGGCGAACACUAUCACCAGACUGUACAGCUCACAGAAUACAUCCAUUUUCCCACAAGAUAGCAAUAAGAGUUUGUUAACGUACUUGGGGAGGAAGUCCCUAGGUGGUGGUGCUACACGAUGCUCAGUUUUGGAUAGUGUACUGGGAACUCUCACCAGACUUCUCUCUCCUCUCACAACUCAUCAAGCUGGAUUUUUGCGCGCUGAAAUGGAUUUGUCCCUCAUUGGCUGGAUCCUGCUUUUUCUCUCAGUUUGUCUUGAUACUAAUGGUACAUCUGGUUGCUCUGAGGAAAUUGCUGAUAAAUCUAAGGACAGAGACCAAGGUACUGCUUCACGUUGGGAUUUUAUCCAAGGAGAAGUCGCAAUGCAGCGACGAAUGGCCACCACAAGUCGCUGCAAUGCUUCUAGAAGUUACAGGCGCAAAUUGCAGAAGCGUCUCAUGCAUCAUAAGCAGCAACUUGAAGAUCUUGAAGCAGCAAAGAAAGCAUUCCAUGCAUCAACGCAGGCAUUGUCAGCACUCUCAAGUCAAGCAGCAAACUUAUCCAGCAAGUUAGAAGCUGCUUUGAAACAGCAAGAACAGUUCUUUAAGAAAACAUUGAAACAACACUCAGCCAAACAUUUUAAGGAUAUUCUUCAAAUACGUCGGAAUGAUGGUCCGACACUACUCAACAAACAUGGUUUACCUGUUCCAAGGACAUCUAGCACAACGUCUAGGGAGAGAGAUGAGAGCGAAACGGAGCGUGACCUGAACUUGUGUCUCCCGCAGUCACAUUGCCUACCUGUAGCAAAAGGACUUGUAUCACUUAUUCUGCAGAUGGACUUCACUUGCAAUAUAGAUAUGUUCUUACUGGCAUGUAAAGUUGUAGCUCGCAUUGUUGUAUCGACGAGACCAGCUAUUACACUUGGUGAGUUAAUGACACAAGAUCAGUUACUUCAUUUGGUGAGACUAGCCGUGUGGAAUGAUCAGCAUAAAGCUUCAUGGGGUGGCCCAUGGUCUUCUCAUGCCAUCUGCUGCCUGCUGCAAGAUAUUCUGGAAGGAGUGAGAAUGUAUCCUAAUCUGUGCAGCCAAGAAGGAAGUCCUGCAGAAGACGUCUCAGAUCCUGCAGUAGCCACACCUGUUACUAUGACAGAACCUGAAGAGCCUGUGUCUGAACCUAGCACAAGCAACAAUAUUCAGGAAGGGGAAGAGGAUUUUAAUGUUGAAGAUACUACUGACGCUUCUACACCAGGACCUUCAUGUUCCAAGAGUAAUGGAUUCCAGCUACCCUCACUGUUGGAAUCUGAUGAUAGCGAGCUGGAAGACUUCCUGGAUGACAUACUAGAACGUGGGCGAAAUUUACUAAGAAAGGGAGCUGCAAAUCGUGUACCUGUUAGUGCAACUUCAAGCAUAUCAACUGCCUUGGAUGCAAGACUAGAAUAUGGAGUGGAGGGAAGUGCUGAGGUGAUGUUGCGCAAACUGACAGCUUUAGGAGCUUAUAAUUUGCCAGUCAGUGUGAAUGCAGCAAUCCAGCCUCCACCUGAAACUGCUAGACAACCAGCUUCUUCUGCGUGGGAUGAGACUAAUUUAGUAAUUUGGCAACAAACUGAUUGCAACCAACCUGACAGCUUGCAAAUGCUGACUGCUUGCUUUGACAAAGUGUUUACAGAAUUACAUCAGCAAAACUCAUGGACAAAUCUGGAAUUGGUGCUACAGUUGUGGUUGACCCUGAAUUUGGAAUCUGCAUGUGAUCCGGGAGUGUUAGGAACAUUUGAUCCAGGGGUUUCUCCUUGUAUAUAUCUCAGUCCAAAUGCAGUGUCAGGACUAAUGGCUGCCUUUGCAUGGCAUCCUGGCAUCUCUCUGCGAGCUUGGUGUUUGGCAUUUCAGAGCUUAACAAUGUUAGCAAACACUCCAUUUGCUGAGGCUGGAUCACCAGAAGCAGCUGCCUCCUGGGCACCAGAGACAGUAGAGGAAAUUGAAAACUCGCUAAGAGGCAUGGCCAAGAUAAUUGUUGGUGAUCCACAGUUUGUGCCCAUGUUGCUACGUUUUCUCUCUGGUUCUGGAUUGAACACUGGAACUUACUCUGCUAAAGGAUGCGCUGGACCAUCUGUUUGUCAUGCCCUCCAUGAUUUCCUUGUGAGACUACAGAUGAGGUGUGAUGUUGUGACAAUUACCAGUAAAUAUGGAAAUAAACUUAAAGAGUUACUGCUGAAACUAGUAUAUCAGUUAGUACAACCUUCAGGAGCCCUGGCUAACCGACAGGGACCGUUGGAUGCUCAGUGCAAACUUGUUGAAUUACUACUCAAUCUCAACUUUGCUAACAUUGAUUUGAGCACAGCCAUGAGUAUUCUUGAAUCAGUUGGUGUUUUGGUUUACACAUAUAUCUUGAGCCUAGAGAAAGUUAAAUGUCGCAGUGUAUCAGAAUCGAAUGUGAUUGCUUCCUCAUGUUUUGGUGGCCUGUUUGCUUCUGUGCUGGGAGGUGAAACAAAGCAAGGAAAACCAGCAUCAUGGGAUGCUCUCCUAUGCAGCUUGCUGAAAUUAGUCAACAAAUUGAUCCAAACACCUCUGGUCUCUCAUACACAUGCAGUUAGGCAGGCAGAGAGUAUGGAGGUAUUGGAUUGUCAGUCAGGUCACCUAGCAGCAGGAAAUUCCCAGUUGGAUAACAAUGAUAUGUGUCAGACGGACGAGCAUAAGGCUGCUGAACAACAGAACUCUGUUGAUGUACGUCAACCGCAGGGUGUAAGGCAGGAGGUAAAGGUGCCUUGUGUUGCAGAUACAGUGUUGCAGCAUCAUCCAACUAUGCUGAGACUGUUGAGCGCUCUGGCAGGCUGCAGUGGUUCUACCUUAGCAAUGCUUCUUGGAUCUGCUGCACCCCCUGAACAAUUGGCACUGGGUGAAUUUGGAGAGCCAUUGUCCGUAGGGGAUGCUGUAUUCCAGCUGUUGGCCAUGUUGGCUCGGAAGGCUACUUCACCACAGUUGAUCCUCAGGCCCUUGUUUGAUUUUCUGUCUUCUGCAUGCAAUGCGCAGCCUCCUGUGGGUGCAGUUGGUGUAAUGCAGCUCUCAGAACCUCUUCUGUGGUUUAUUUUACGAGUAAUAGAUAAGGAGAGUGCCCUGGAAGAAUUCAACAGAAUGGGGGGUGUCAGGGUGAUCUGUGAGAAUCUGGUAAAGAGUAACCAGGCCCUGAUAAACGCACAUCCAAGCUUGGUGUCUGUAGUAAUGCAACAUUUUAGCCAUGCUCCCCCUAGCAGUUCCCUCAACAACAAAAAACUGCCAAGUCCAAUUGAGAUGUAUGAGGGACUCCUAAAUUUUGCUCCUUUAGGUACCAUAAGUUCAAGCAAUCCUACAGCUCAACCAGCCGAUGUUUUAAUACAGUCUGUGCCCCCUCAUCGAAGAGCACGAACUCCAGCCUGGUCCUAUCAUUUCUAUCCAGAUGAAACUUGGGUAGACCUCACUCUGACUCUUCCAUGUGCCGUGUUGUUGAAGGAGGUGCAGUUACAGCCGCACCUCACUUCAUUGGCGACUUGUCCAUCAGCUGUAGCUGUGGAAGUGUCUCGGGAUAGCAGCUCAGGUCUCGUCCCAGUUUGUCCGCCACUGUCAACAAGUGGACUCACCUUUGUUCGCCUCAGUCUGCCUCAGCCUGAGAUAGUCACUAGCGUUCUUGUGAGAUUGUAUAAACCACGUGACUCGUCUAAUAUUGGAUUAUCUCAGAUUCGACUUCUCGGUUCUACUACCUUUGGUGAAACAGUUUUUAGGACUGCUAAUAUGGAUGUCCCAGAUGAAGAACAACUCACAAAAUCAAGUUUGGGCUGGUUAAGGUUGCUACACCACUGCCUUAGUUUGCCCAGUCAGGAGUCUGAGUUAGCAACCGCAGUAAUCACGUCAACAGCGAGUGUUUCUGGUCUUCUGGAAGCAUGUUGUGGUCUGUUGUUGAUUCCUGCACCUUCACCUUCACUCUUUACCCCCAACUUGGAGCGAGUUCUGCUUAAACUUGGCCUACAUAAUCGUGAACUGGGACUGAAGCAGAUAAAUACUCUUCUUAGAAAUGGAGCGGCAGCUUUUCUUCAAGGAUCAUUGCCUGUUGGUCAGUCCAGUUCAUCAACAUCUGCUGUUGUAGAUUCAGUAGUGGAGCUCUUGUACCAGUUAUGCACCACACAGGAUGAGGCCACGAAAGACAGAGUGAACACUUUGCUCUCCUGGUUGCAUGAAACUGCAGGUGCAGCUGUGCAGAAUAAGCAGUACAUGCAUGCUGGAAGUGCUGAAAUAUGGUCACCGUCAUCAGCAUACGUACAUAGUGCUGCAGCUAUCUUGUGGGCAGGGCACGAGUCUGGAGUCAAUUAUGAUCUACCAGGAAUGGUUACAACAGAUUUGUUCAGUAUUCUGUACAAAUGGACAUUAAUUUUGCCAGCACAUUCAGCAUUAAAGAAAGCCAUCGACACAUUAUUGUGUUCUAUGUGUUACAUUAAACCGGCUCUUUUUCCAACUCUGCUUCAGCGUAUGGGUGUGUUGGUACCCAACUUGGCAACACACCACAGUGCUUCCAUCUCUGAUGACAGGAAGGACCAUGAAUUGGAUGAAUUGUAUGCUUCAAUCUCGGAUGACUCAAAAGAGUUGGUUAUAGGGAAUGAACAAAGUUGUGAUAUUGGAGAAUGGUAUAAUCAUCUGAUGAUCCAGGACCUUCAUAGAAUGAGGCUGAGUGAAUGUCAGUUGAUGACCGUAGCAAUGGCGUGUCAGUCACCACCAGCUAUUCACCAGUUGUUGGAUUCAGGCUUACCAACUCUGUUGAUACAUGGUGUCCUAGAAUUUUGCAGCUGGAUGCAAUGCUUUGGAAAGAAUAACCACAGAUAUGAUGACAAGGAACAGAAUUUAUCUUCAGGAAAGCGACAAGUGAACCAGUCGCGAAUGACAGAUGCAGAUAAGGCAAGUGGAAAGGAGGGAAGAAAUCAUCUGCUUACAAACUCUCAAGGUUUGCCGAUGCUGAGAGUUGACACGAUGGCCAUGGUUCUCAACUUCUUUGCAGAAGUGUGUGCUGAAGGUCACAUGAGAGACUGGUUGGGCUCUGCUGAAGGUUCUGUAUUCUGGCUGCCACUUCUGAGUCUCUUGUGCAACAAAUCUAACUCUGCUGACAGUGGGGAUUUUGAAGGACAGAGCAGGGGUGACCUCACAAGUGAAUCAUUUUCUGCCUUGGAAUCUGCUACGGUCAAGUUCCUGUCUCGAUGCUGUUGGUGCCAUCCAUCGAAUCAGCAGUUACUUUCCAGGGUUCUUUGUGAUGUAAUCAGCCAGCAGAAGACUGUGCAUCAAAAUGUCACAUUUCUGCAUGGAAUUUCUGGCUUUACACGUCGCUUGGUGCUACAACUCCUUCUGGAGAAUGAAAAGCUUUUCGUGUUUGUGAAAGCCAACUUCCCUCUUCAGCGCAGCAGUCUUGCUGUGACAAUGAGUGCUCCAUACCAACCUCGUUAUGGUGUUGGCCACCAGCAUCAACUUCUGUAUCUAAGCACACAGGCAACCUGUGCUGACAUACUAAAACAUGUGUCAGCAUCAGGAAAUUUGCUUCCUUUGUUGGGAGACACGAAGGUCAGUGAAAACAACGUGGCAAGUCUUAGUGGCAGCAAGGAAUCACGGAAGGAGUUAUGGGAGAUCGGACUAGGACUUGUCGAUCAGUUGUCUGUGGCAGCAGGAGUAACAGCCAAGGACAAACGAGUCAAGGAUGCAAAGAAUGCUGCAGCUGCUGGCAGUCGAUCACCUUUUGCUAAGAAGUCUCGUUCAAGUGGAUUCACAGAUUCAACAUCACCUACAGCAUCAUUUAUGUCAGGAUUGUCAGUUCCGCAGCAAACAUUGCAGCACUCUAUGUGCCCUGGUGUGUCAUUGCCUGGUCAGAUGACACUGUCUCAGCUUCUUGCAUUAGCGCAAGAGCAGGGAGAAUCCCUCAGCACUCCCUGUAUUGCCCUUACACUUACACAGCAUGCCAAAACUACAUCGAAUAAAGAAACCAAAGGUGCUACUUCGAAAGAUGAAUGUGACGAGUUGCUGUCUUACCCCGGCCUACCCACGCCUCUGCAGGUGUUCACUCAGCAGGGGGGUUUGGCGCUGUUAGCACAACACCUACCAUUGGUGUACCCUGAAACGCUCCGUUACUCUACUCCAGACAAAGUUUUAACUCCAGAUGCACUUGAUGCUGAGUGGGUCAAAGUUGAUGCCAGUGAUGACAUCUAUGAGGUUAAU